GAGAGAGAGAAAGUUUCUAGAGAGAGAGAGGUUGAUAUGGGUGGAGUAACUUCAUCAAUGGCGGCGAAGUUCGCGUUUUUCCCACCGAACCCAGCAUCGUACAAGCUGGUGAGGGACGAGUUGACGGGGCUUUUGGUGCUAAGCCUCUUCCCUCACCGCGAAAACGUGGAAAUUCUGAAGCUUCCGACGCGGCGAGGAACGGAGAUAGUGGGCAUGUACAUUCGGAACCCAAUGGCAACUUCCACUAUACUCUAUUCUCACGGUAAUGCUGCUGAUCUUGGCCAGAUGUAUGAGCUCUUCAUCGAGCUCAGCAUUCACUUGCGUGUUAAUCUCAUGGGGUAUGACUACUCCGGGUAUGGCCAGUCAUCAGGGAAGCCAAGUGAGCAGAAUACAUAUGCAGAUAUUGAGGCUGCGUAUAAGUGUCUAGAAGAAAGCUAUGGUACCAAGCAGGAAGAUAUAAUCCUUUAUGGACAAUCUGUUGGUAGUGGUCCUACCUUGGAUCUUGCAGCUAAAUUGCCUCAAUUGAGAGCUGUUGUUCUGCACAGUCCCAUACUUUCAGGCUUAAGGGUCAUGUAUCCAGUCAAGCGUAGCUACUGGUUUGACAUAUAUAAGAAUAUUGACAAAAUUCCACUAGUUAAUUGUCCAGUUCUCAUAAUUCAUGGGACUUCAGAUGAAGUUGUAGAUUGUUCCCAUGGUAAACAACUAUGGGAACUGUGUAAAGAGAAGUAUGAACCACUAUGGCUCAAAGGAGGUAACCACUGUGAUUUGGAGCUCUUUCCAGAGUAUAUAAGGCAUCUGAAAAAGUUUAUAGCCACAGUUGAGAAGUAUCCAUCACAAAGAUACAGUUUCAGAAGGAGCAUAGAUCAAUUCGAGCAACCGCGGAAGAGUACAGAUGUUUUUGAAGUUAGCAGAAAGAGCACUGAUCACAGAGAAAAACCAAGGCAGAGCACAGACAGGCCUGAAAAACUUAAGAAUUUGUCUAAUAAUGCUGAGAAACUGAGAAUAUCCUUUGAUCUUAUGGAUAGGUCUCGGAGAAGUGUGGAUUGUCAUGAGAAGUCUCGAAAAAGCAUUGAUCAUCAACUUGAAAAAGCAAGGAAGAGUGUUGACAGGUUGGACAGAAUAAGGGUCUGAUGAUUCUUGUUUUAAUCAAAUUAUAUUCAUGUUCGGCUUGGCUUUCUGGUAUUUUUUUUCCCUUUUAUCAAAUUGGUCUAUUGGUUGUGUAGUAUGGCUUAUGUCAUAUGUGAUAAAUGUUGGCAU